AUGGUAAUAUUAGAAAUUGGUCAACAUAUUAAAAAAGCUAGCACUAGAAUAGGUUACUAUAUAAAGAAAAAAUUUGAUAAAUACUGGAAUGUAAUUAUUGAUCAAGUCAUAAUUGCGCACGUACUUGAUCCAAGGUAUAAGUUGGAGCAUUUAAAAGUAACAUUGAUUGAAGUUGGUGGAUAUAAUGAAAAUGAAGUGGAAUUGUUUGUUAAUAACAUUCAGAAAAAGAUUAUUUUUUAUGGAAUGAAAUAUACAAAUACAGAACCUCCAAAUAUUGAAGUUUCUGAAGUUCCUGAAGUUUCUGAAAUCAUUAAUAUUAAUGAUAAGUCUACUUCUGAUUUUUUAUUUCCUAGGAAAAGAAUUUCAAAAAAAAGAAAAUACAAUAACAUAAUUAAACCUGAAUUAGAGUUAUAUAAAGACGAGUCUCUUGAAUUUACAAACAACAAUAAAAAGAAAGAAAAUAAUGUAAUAAUAUUUUGGGAAUCAUUAUCAAAAAGAUUUCCAACACUUGGUAAAAUGGCAUGCGAUUAUUUAAGCAUUAAACCUUUAAGUGUUUCUAGUGAAAGAGCAUUUUCAAGAGCUGGUUUUACGAUCACUAGUGACAGAGUGGCUAUUAGUGAAAAAACUGUUUCUAGUAUGAUACUUAUGUAUUCGUGGUUGAUAGAAGGCCAAAAUAAGUUUAGUUCUCUUAAAGAUCUUCCAUAA